UACAUUUUCAUUGGAGUAAAUUUUAAACUUUAAAAUAAAUGGAGGCCCUGGCAAAAUAUCGAUAUAGCUUGGUAGCUGGGUCCUGUGCCGCUGGGGGAAGCUUUUUUGGUAAACUUCCCAGCCACCUCAGCGCACAGAAAUUACUGGGCACUUCAGAUCCUUCAGAUUCUUCUUAUUUGGAAAUUGCUUUACUGCGCGUUCUUCCAUUGGUGCUAAUGAUAAUCUGCAAUGUUAGCAACUUACGUUGCUUCUUAAAAGCUCUGCAAAUGACUGAACAAACUAUCACCUGCGUUGUUUUAACUGCCGCCUCUAAUUAUGUCUUGUCGUUUAUUUUAGGAGCACUGGUUUAUCGGGAACCACUGACAGCAUUAUCUGGCAUUGGCAUAACACUAAUUCUAGCCGGUCUUUGGUUCCUUUGUGACGGAGGGGCUGUCGAGUCCUUGAAAAAGGAUAUAGAAAAGGAGAAAUAGUUAAAAAUAUCCAUUUUUAUAUCUAAUGUUUAGAUC